UCAGCCAGUGGGGACAGGCAGUGUUGCCCUCCUGCCGACCCCCUUCCUUUCUCAGCUAGAGAGGACUUCAGCAGAGCCAGGUAGUGAGGGCAUGAAGGGGGAACCCACUCCAGAAUUGGAUUGUUGCAACAAGAUCAAGCCCCUGAGGAGCACAGGGAGCUCCCUGUCCCCCAGCUUGGACUUCCAGCCCUGCCAAGGCAACCAGAUGGCACCCCCAGGCACGGCUCCGCAGGAUGUCAGAGAGGACUCCUUGAGUACAGAGCACCAGCCACCAGGGCCACAUGCCGGCUCCAUCGAUGACAAGAAACUCACAGCCAAGUACCCUCUGAGCGGGGACAAGAUGGGAAACGAGCUGGAAAGAGUUGGCGAGGGGGCUCCCUGCCCAUCCUUCUCUUCUCACAACACCUCUUCCCCACCCCCCUGGCAGAAUACAAACAGCCUCAGCCCCUUGGCUUUCUGCUCCUGCCACCUGUUUGCUCCAGUCUCCAAAGAACUCCCAUUCUGCCUCCACCCCCUCUAUCCUGCAUACCCACUUCUCCUGCCUCCCCCUUAUCUGUUCGCCUAUGGGGCCCUACCUUCUAUCCAAUGUCCCCCCCUCUUCAUGCUGCCCCAAGACACCUCCUACCUCACCGGGGCAGUGCCCAGCAUGCUGAUGAGUGUCAGUGAGUCUGGGCACCAGAGUGCCCACGGGGAGACCCUGUGUCCUUACCCAGGGACCUCCCAAGCCUCUGGCCAAACUCAACCCUCCCAGGCCUGGAAUCCAGGCCCUGGAGCUGCAAGGAUCUAUACACCAGGGCUGGAGCAUACUGGCAGAGCGGCUCCAGCAAAGCGGGCCCCAACAGGCUCCCGGGCGGGCACCGCAGCCCUGCCUUACCCGCUGAAGAAAGAGAAUGGCAAAAUACUGUACGAGUGCAACGUGUGCAGCAAGAGCUUUGGGCAGCUCUCCAACCUCAAGGUUCACCUGCGUGUGCACAGUGGGGAGCGUCCGUACCAGUGUGCCCUGUGCCAGAGGAGCUUCACCCAGUUCGCCCACCUGCAGAAACACCACCUGGUGCAUACAGGGGAGCGGCCCCACAAAUGCCUGAUGUGCCACAAGCGCUUCAGCAGCUCCAGCAACCUCAAGACCCACCUGCGCCUUCACUCAGGGGCCCUGCCCUUCCAGUGCAGUGCCUGCCCAAGUCACUUCACCCAGCACAUUCACCUGAAGCUGCACAAUCAGCUGCAUGCUCCACAGCCCUGGGGCCUAGCUCACACCCACCUGCCUCUGACCUCUCUCGCCUGCCUUGCCCAGUGGCACCAGAGGGCACUAGGUCUUGUGGCAGCGCCAUCAGAGAAGCAAAUGGGCUGAGAUGCAGACAAGAUCAAGGUGUCCUCAGCAACCCAGGGAAAGCAAGGGCAGCCAGCCUGAGCUGUGGUGUCAGGACUGCCCUGGGGAGGGGGCAGGGGCAGAGCA